UAUGCCACGACAGGCUGCUCCCUGACACUCCAUCACACAGAAAAGCCAGAACACGAAGACAUCUGUGAGUAUCGUCCGUACUCCUGCCCGUGCCCCGGUGCCUCCUGUAAAUGGCAGGGAUCCCUGGAAGCCGUGAUGUCCCACCUCAUGCAUGCCCACAAGAGCAUUACCACCCUUCAGGGAGAAGACAUUGUUUUUCUUGCCACAGACAUUAACCUUCCCGGGGCAGUCGACUGGGUGAUGAUGCAGUCAUGCUUCGGCCACCACUUCAUGCUGGUGCUGGAGAAACAAGAGAAGUACGAAGGUCACCAGCAGUUUUUUGCCAUCGUGCUGCUCAUCGGUACCCGUAAGCAAGCGGAGAACUUUGCAUACAGACUGGAGCUGAACGGCAACCGCCGCCGGCUGACCUGGGAGGCGACACCCCGCUCCAUCCACGACGGGGUGGCCGCGGCCAUCCUCAACAGCGACUGCCUAGUUUUUGAUACGGCUAUUGCACACCUUUUUGCUGACAACGGAAACCUCGGCAUCAACGUGACUAUUUCUACGUGUUGUCCGUGAUGUAUUUGCG